GCGGUCAUCUAUCGGAGGACGCCGACCCGAAAUGGGUGUCGGCGGCCGACCGCAAACUGAUGGGGUCAGCGAACAACGCCGGGCUAAAGCCCGACAUCGUGGUGGCUCAGGACGGGAGCGGCAAUUUUAAGACGAUCCAGGAGGCGGUGAGCUCGGUGCCGAAGAAGAACCCGAGUAGGGUCGUGAUUUACGUGAAGGCCGGGACCUACAAGGAGAAGGUGAAGGUGGAAGCUUCGAAUAUAUUCAUGUACGGGGACGGGCCGAGGAAGUCGAUGGUUACUUGGAACGAUAAUGUCGCUCACGGCGGCGGAAUCUCCACUUCCCUGAGCUACACUUUCGGUGUGUUCGGAAAGGGGUUCGUGGCGAAGGCCAUGGGGUUCAUGAACGACGCGGGGCCAGACGGCCACAGGCGUGGCCCUGCAUGCUGGUCGGGCGACGCACUCGGCCUUCUUCAACUGCCGCCAUCAACGGUUCCAGGACACGCUCUACUACAAGGCAAACCGCCAGUUCUUCAGCAACUGCGUCAUCUCCGGCACCAUCGACUUCAUGUUCGGCAGCGGGCCUGCAUAGUCCAGAACUCCCUCAUCGUGGUCCGGCGCCCCAUGGACAACCAGUUCAACACGUGACCGGCGGACGGAAACGAGGACAGGGCGCUGCGGCGGGCUGGUCAUCCACAAUGCCGGAUAGCGGCGGAGCAGAAGCUGCUCCCGGACAGGCUUCCGUCAAGACGCUACCUGGGGAGGCCGUGGAAGGCGAGGGCAAGAACGGUGGUCAUGGAGUCUGAGAUCGGGGACGUAAUCAGGCCCGAGGGCUGGACCAUCUGGGACGAGGCCAAUUUCCACGAGACCUGCUACUACGCCGAGUACAAUAACAGGGGGCCCAACGGUGACCCCAAGCCCAGGGCCGAGUGGGUCAAGAAGCACGUGCCCAUCGACAAGAAUGAGGCGUCCCUCUUCUUGAUCGGCAACUGGCUGGGGGACGUCACCUGGCUCAAGGACGCUGGUGCCAAGUUCAUCGAUGGCUUCGUCAGGAGCUAAUUAAUCAAUUUGUCCCUAGCUAGCUAGGUUGUUAGUUAAAGGCUAGCUAGCUUGAUUAGCUAGCUUGGACCCGCCGUACGUCAAGUACGCAUGCACGCUGAGUUUUUCGUUACCUUAUUAAAUUUUGCUUAAUUAUUCAGCUGUAUUUAUUGUUUGUUUUGUCAUGAUUUUUUUUUUAAAAUGUUUUAUCUGUAACUGUUUCUGAAAAUUAUUAUAAAUGAAAAGCGAGAUAAAUUUCUUUUCUCUUUCA